GAAAGAUAGAGAUAAAGAAAGACUGCAGCCAUGUCCCAGAUGGGUAAGAUCCUGCACCUCUACGUGGAAGUGAGAUCGGUCCCAGAGGAAGGGGGGGGGCCAGUAGGGGAGGUGUCGAGGGGUACAGACAGAGGGGGGGUCGACAGGACAGAAUCCCAGCCAACACCCCCCAAACAGAGACGGCCAGCCCCCAGCCCCUCUGUCCAAUCAGAAACAGCACUCCAGCACAGCACCCAGAACACUCCCAGCAACUCCAACAAGCCCCAGGCUCGACUGACUGCAUCCCCCCAGCAACGCUGCCAGCAGCCAUCUAGCCCCAGAGAGCAGGCUGCCUUGCAGAGACAGAGCCUGCUUUCUGAUGGGCCCGGGCGAGGGGGGGUCGGGGGGGCGGAGAUGGCCAAUCACAGGACAGCUCCCCUGCAGCGCACGAGAUCCGAGUGUGAGCCGUUCAGAGGGGGCUGCAGCUCGCCCAUCCCAACAGGCAGGACCACUGCUCCAGCAACGCCGAGCAAUGGGAGAAGGGGAGGGACGGGGGAAGGGGGAGGUGAUGGAAGGAGGUCAGUGGUCACCUAUGGCUACAUCGAGAAGGCUAAUGUGAAGACCGUGUCCAGCCCCUAUCUGUCGAGCCGACGCCCUGAUAAGCAGCUACAAGAGGAGACCGUGUGGGUGGAAAACCAGGGGCUCUCUCCUGGCCCCAGCCCCAAACUGGUGCACCCUGGAUCAGCCAGCAGCCAUCCUGCCACCUCCCCCGGGCUGCGCCACAAAACCCUGAACUCCAUUGCUAAGGCAGCCACCAGCCGCGCCCUGGAGGAAUUUGGGUCACCGCAGCUGAGAAGGAGAGCAGCGACCCAGGUGGGUUACCAACAAACCCACAAAAACCAGCAAAACCAGCAGCCGCGGUGUCAGUCCUGGACUGGGAGCCCAGUGUUGACGGGACGCAAUAACCCGCGAAUGCCCAGGUCAUCUUGCACCUUGCCUAGGAGCCCAGCCAGCAAUCAGCUCUCUUCCCAGGGCCAGGAAGCAGACAGCCAGGACCACCCAUCCCAAAGCAUGACCCUGCCACCCGAGGUGCAGCACUGUUGGACGGGCAGACAGAGUCCCAGACUGGCCUCCAAACUAAGCCCAGCCCUGGAGAGAGGGCCAGGGAAGCCAGCCAGCAUCCUGCACCACAGCCCCCAGCUCCAGGCCAGCAGUGAGAGCCCCAGGCUCUGCCACAGAGUCAACUUCAAGCUGGGGGAUUCAGGGCCCACUGAGGGAGGAGGGGGACAGAUUUCUCCAGCCAACAGCCCCGAAGUGGCUCGCAAGCUGGCUCAGGAGGCUAGCAAGCUGUCCACCAUUUUUCAGGCCAGGAGCUCCCAAUCCCCCACUCCUCCCCUCGAUAGCCCCAGGGUGGACGCUCACAAACUGGGGCGCCCUGUUUCUCCUGCUGCUGCUCCCCAGUACUCCCAAUACUCCCAACAAAAGAUAGAUCUUCAGAAGACAGAGCCGGAACACACUAAGGAUUCAGCAGUGGGGUCACCCUGCUUAAGACAGCAAAGGAGCGACAUCCAGGGGACUGUGUCCACGGUCAGGCCUGCAAAGUCCCCCCCCGUGAGAGCCAGACAGCAGCAGCAGGACAGUCCGAAACCACAGAGACACCCAGUUGGACAUCAGUGGGGAGACACAGGGGGGGCAGACAGUCCAAAUAUCCAGAGCGAGUAUGUAGAGGACAGUGGCUCGCCCGACGCUGAAAUGAGACAAAGAGAGGAUGCCCCCAGGCCAAAAGCUGGACAACAUAUUGGACAGUGUCCAAGCAGAUCAUCCUCUGUGAUGCAUGCGAAACAGGGGGACUCCCCCAGCCUGAGGACAGGACUGGACGGACAGGGGGAAAGUCCGAGGCUUGAAUAUCGUCCUGGACAGUGUGAAGGUCAGGCAUCUCCGGGAUGUGGUGGAAGAGACAGUGUGGUCAGCUCAGGCCAGCAGACUGGACAGACAGGGGCCCUCAGUAUUUCACAAGAGUCCAACACCAGCCACAAGAAGACAGGGAGAGAGGACUCCAACUCUCAGUCAGUCAGUCUGUCGUGCUCGCUUGCUCCCUCCAUGCACUCUCAGAGAGUUGCCCGUGCAAAGUGGGAGUUCCUGUUCGGGACCGUGUCCGAGGACAGCACAGCCACGGGGGUCAAAGACCCCCAGGACUCCACCACACCCCCUAGCAUCGACUCCUUCAGCGAUUCUCGCCCCACUCUGACGCCCCCCCGCUCACUGGUCCUGCGGGUCAGAGGUGAGGCUCUGGCCAAUCACAGCGUGCAGCAUGUGGAGGUGGAGCUGGUGACCCCUCCACCGGCGGUGGGAGGGGCCUGCCCGCGCACAGGGAUAAUCCGACGCACGCUGCAGUAUUCGGAGACCGACCUGGACGCCGUACCGCUGCGCUGCUACCGCGAGACCAACAUCGACGAGCUGCUGGCGGAGCAGGACGAGGCAGACUCCGCCUUUGGCAGCAACCGCAGCGUCAUCGGAACCAGUGAGGAGGAAGACGGGGGCUGGGGGGACAGGAAACACCGGCGUGCCGCCCCUGAGGAGGAGGAAGUGUUUACCCUGGGCUUGGAACGCCUCUCUUCUCAGUCGUCACUGGGCGCCACUCUCAAGUCCCCGAUUGAUAUUCCGGCUCCCAGCCACGCCUCGGAGGAGGGUCUGGACACAUUCAGCCGACACUUCGAGAGCAUCAUGGAGUCCCACCGUGCCAAGGGCACAUCCUACAGCAGCCUGGACAGCGAGGACCUCCUAUCCUCGAGCCAGACCGUCUUCACCUUCGACCUACCCACGCUGACCCCUGAGAUCCAGGGCCUGAUCUGCCAGAGCGCGCGUCUCAUCGAGCUCAGCUUCGCCCCCCUGGCCCCUGGAGAGAACCCUGGCAUGUCCACCACGGACUCCGCCCACACCCGCACAGACUCCGCCCACACCACCGCCCCUGAGAGCAGUGGGGAGGAGGGCACCGCUGGGAAUUGUUCCAGUGAGCGCCCCCCCACCCUGGAGUCGGACCCAGAGUCGGACCUGAUUGAGCGGCUGUGCCUGGGCAGCACCGACACGCUGACCAAUGGGAGCAGGGUGGACAGGAACUCUGCCAAGCGACUGGCUAAGAGACUCUACAGCCUGGACGGGUUCAAGAAAUCCGACGUGGCCAGACACCUGAGCAAGAAUAAUGAGUUCAGUAAGAUGGUGGCGGAGGAGUAUCUUCACUUCUUCAACUUCACAGGAAUGAGUCUGGAGCAGGCAUUGCGAGCCUUCUUGAGGGAGUUUGCUCUGAUGGGCGAGACUCAAGAGAGGGAGAGGGUGCUGGCUCACUUCUCACGCAGAUACCUGGCCUGCAAUCCUAGCGUCAUCCCCUCCGAAGACGGAGUGCACACACUGACCUGCGCGUUGAUGCUGCUCAAUACAGACCUGCAUGGGCACAACAUUGGGAAGAGGAUGACCUGUCCUCAGUUCAUCGCCAAUUUAGAAGGGCUCAACGAUGGAGCAGACUUUCCCAAAGAUCUCCUCAAGGCCCUAUACAGCGCCAUCAAGACUGAGAAGCUACAGUGGACAAUUGACGAGGAGGAACUGCGCAAGUCGUUCUCAGAGCUGGCUGACAGUAACAGUGACUCCGCCUCCCGCACCAUGAAGCGAAUCAACAGCUGCGGAAACCCCUUGCUGAGUGGGUCCCAGCCCGCGAGCACGCUGACCUACAAGCAGGGCUUCCUGGUGCGCAAAGUGCACGCCGACCCCGACGGCAAGAGGACCCCACGAGGGAAGAGAGGCUGGAAGAGCUUCUACGCUGUUCUGAAGGGACUCAUCCUCUACCUGCAGAAGGGGGAGUACAGGCCUGACAAACAGCUCUCAGAUGAGGAUCUGAAGAACGCUAUCUCCAUCCACCACUCCCUCGCCAUGAAAGCUGCCGACUACAGCAAGAGACCCCACGUGUUCUACCUGCGCACCGCGGACUGGAGGGUCUUCCUGUUCCAGGCACAAGAUGCUGAUCAGAUGCAGUCAUGGAUCACGCGAAUCAACACUGUGGCAGCCAUCUUCUCAUCUUCGCCUUUCCCGGCGGCCAUCGGCUCCCAGAAGAAAUUCAGCCGGCCCUUGCUCCCUGCCAGCAGCACCAAACUAUCACAGGAGGAGCAGGUCCAGUCCCACGAGGCUCGGUUCCGCGCCACCUCGGCAGAGCUGGCAGAGCUGUGCUCCUACCCCCCCGAACGCAAGGUGAAGGGGAGAGAGCUGGAGGAGUACAGGCAGAGGAACGAGUACCUGGAGUUUGAGAAAACUCGUUAUGGAACGUAUGCGAUGCUGCUGCGGGCAAAGCUGCGCUGUGGAGAGGAGGAUCUGGCACGUUUCGAGUCACGCUUGUUCGAGGGACCUGAGGCUGAAGACAAUGGGCUGCAGAGAGCUCACUCCAGCCCGACCCUUCCCCAUGACCCCAGCCAGGGAGGGGCCGCGGGCCAGGGCAAGCGCAGCGAGGGCCAGCGACACAGCUAUAGGCAGGCAGUGAAGCAGUGAGGGGAGAGAGCCACAGGAGGGCGCUAUUGUACACAGGGGAAGGGAGGGGCUAUGCACAGUCCUUACUGCUCCUCACUCUGACCGGCCAAUGGGAGCCAUGGAGGUCACCUGACUGACAGGCUGACUGACGCAUUAAUUAACAGGAAGUGAACUGAAUCAGUGAGUUGUCUGUCUGUCUGUCUGUCUGUCUGUCUGUCUGUGUGUAGCUGAUGUGUGUAGCUGAUCUGAACCUCCAGCAGGAAUGUGAAGCUACCAUCCUUCAGUCUCAUCGCUCACACGUUAGGGUUUCAUUCAGGAGGUUUGCUUUCACGGAAUUCUCUCUGAAAAUGCUUGGAGACUCCUGUCUGAAUUAUCUUUUAUUUUUAUUUUUAAGAAAAUCUGAAAUAUUUCCAGGCAAAAUUUUCAUGGAAGAAGUUGGAAGCUAAGCUCCGUGUUUUAGUGAUUGACGCUGCUUGCUCUUUUCGUGAAGCCCUACUUGCAUUUUUUAAAAGAAUCAACUUUAUCAAGCCAUUUAAAGCUGCUGUCACAUUGACACUGACUGGGAAAGACUUACCAUCAGAAUUGCUUUUGGAAUCAACAUUCUCUUUACCAUGAAUGCUACAGAUGUGCAUGCUCUUUCUGGGGAAUUACUCAGCUCGGAACUUCUUGUUCCUGAUUUAAAAAGGAAUGGAUACAUGCACUGUGAUCAGAAACAUGACAAUCAGUGUUUUUGUCUCACUGCCCAGCGUUCACCUGAUUUCAGUCCAGCUGCACAGAUUGACUGGCUACAGCAGGAGAAUCAAGCAGCCAGAUUUCAUCAUGCAGCCUUGGAAACUUCCCCUAAAACAUAAUCUCAAAUACAGUAUAUUUAUCCAAAAUGAUUUAUUAUUUUAUUAAAAUGUUUGGAGAAUACUGUGCAGUGUAAUACACAGAUCAGAACAAUUAGCAGCUUCUUAGCAAUUAAGUGUGCAUCGUUUUGCAUUAUAUACAGAGGAGACAGCAUGGACGUUCAUAGAGACCUGCAGUUAUAUACAGAGGAGACAGCAUGGGCAUUCAUAGAGUCCUGCAGUUAUAUACAGAGGAGACAGCAUGGGCGUUCAUAGAGUCCUGCAGUUACUCCACCAGUGUGGAUGAGGCUGAAUAACCUGGACGAGCCCCGAAUUGGUCCAGUGUGUUGUUUAGGGCGAUCCUUGCAAGUGAAAGAGACCACAGCACUCUGUGCACCUUCAUAGAGUACUCUAUUUAUAUAACAAGUAUAACUAUGGAAAAGAAGCUAUGCUUAAAACGAAAUUAAACAAGAAUCGCUUUGUCUAGAUUGAGCUCUGCAUCUGCUUAGCAACACGCUGGUGUGAUUUCGAACAGUGUGAUUCACCUGCUCAUUCUAUUUUUAAAUUAAUUUGAAUGAUUGAAUGAUACUUUAGAUUCCAAGAGCAGGUUAAAAAAAUAGUAUUAAUAAUUCAAUCAUUGAAUGUGACAAAUGUAUUGCUGGUAUGUCAUGUCUUGCUUGUAUGUACUUCUAUAUUAAUGAAUGCAUUUUCUGAAUUGUUUUAUUUCUGUGUGUAUUUCUGUAUUUAUUGGUGUACAGUAUAUUUAUUUGUUCAGGGGGCUGGUGCAUCUUCACCCUGUCCCUGUGCUUGUAAAUGACGCUGCAGGGCUGAGCAGCAUGUCUUUUAAAAUGGAGCUAAAACGAAUGUGCUCUCAAGUGACUCUUGUUCUCACAGCGCUGUCGGGCAACAACGAUGAAGAAAGUCUGUUCUCUUUGAUGGAGUAUGUCUGUCAUCCUGUGGGCUCACUAGCAUUGAGACACAGGGAUACAUUCUCAAAGCCGUUUACUCCAAUUAAACUGUCAUUAGUAUAAUGUUUUCAGAAUGAAAAAAACGCACCCAAUAACGGUACCAAACCAGAAAUAAACAACUCUGACUUUUAAUUUAAGAGCUGGAAGGGUCCUUAAGAUUCUUCUUCGUUUUAAAGUCGUUAUUUAAGUUAUUUUGUCUUGGGGAUUAAAAUUGAGGUAAGUAGCUUUGAGAAUCUUGUCCCUUGCUUCAGUCCAUUCUGUAUUGGGAAUCUCAGUGAGUUGGGAAGUUUAAUCACAUGUUGUCUGAAUGGUAGUUUUCACUCUAUUCACUCCAAAUCCCCAUUACCACACUUUUUUUCUUCUUCUGAAUAGCAAAAACACCAAGUAAGCAUCUAAAAUAAAUAAGAAACAACUUAAUACAUUAUUCAAGGCCCUGAAUUGAAAGUCUUCAUGACUUUAUUGGGUUACUUCUGAACAAACUGUGCUACUAAUGGAUCAGAGUAAACAGCUUUGAGAAUUUAGCAACAAAACAAAUGAGUAAGGCGCUGACCGAGAUAGGUACUUUACGGAGAACAAUUGACGGUUAGUAAACAGAGGACACUUUUUGUAAAAUAUUUACACCCCGACUGUGGGGGAGGGGGCUUUACAAUGGGGGUGCACCUUUUCAUGCAUGCACAGGCUUUAAACAGUAAACACCAAGCCAACAUCUUUACAAGGAGGAACUGAGGAGGAAGUCAACCAGCACAAGGGCAAGCAGGACUAUUGGGUCCUCUGACGUUCUGACUCCUAAGCCAUUGGAUUUCAAAGCCAUCCUCUGUAUCUCAGUUACACAGACUGCAGUGCUGUUCUGGCUUCUUCAGCCUACUAGGUGUCCCCCGCUGAGAACUAAAAAAAGUGUUGGAACAGUUCUCAUCUGGUGAUGUAUGGGGCAGUGCAACUGGCAUUCUCAUGGGCCAGCAGCUAUCUUGUGCUGCUGUUAGAAAAUAAAUUACUAUCAGGGUAUACGCCUACAUUAUUUUUAAGGCUACAUUCUCUAUACUGUAUUGAAUUAGCUGGCUCUCAGAUCCCCAGUACAGUACUGAGUUUUCUAUACUGUGUUGAAUUAGCUGGCUGUCAGAUCCCCUGUACAGUAUUGAUUUCUCUAGACUGUAUUGAAGUAGCUGGCUCUCAGAUCCCCAGUACAGUACUGAGUUUUCUAUACUGUGUUGAAUUAGCUGGCUGUCAGAUCCCCUGUACAGUAUUGAUUUCUCUAGACUGUAUUGAAGUAGCUGGCUCUCAGAUCCCCAGUACAGUACUGAGUUUUCUAUACUGUAUUGAAUUAGCUGGCUCUCAGAUCCCCAGUACAUUACUGAGAUUUCCAUACAUCUUUUUUAAUUUUCUUUAUUGAGAAGCACUUCCAAAUAAUCUUGGGUUGCUACAAGCUAUAUUAUUAUUAUUAUUAUUAUUAUUAUUAUUAUUACUAUUGUUUAUUUAUAAUAAUUAUUAUUGGCUGUUGCUAGCUGACAGAGCUAUGGUGUUGAACAAUUGGCCCAUUCUCUUGCUGUGUAUGUAGAUUUCACUGAUGCUUGAUUGACUGACUGUCCCCUGGAGGUGACGGGGUCUCUUGCAAAAAAGUUCACCUUGGUAAAUUUGCACAGAAAGUCUGCAGUUUUCCCCCCAUAGUUAUACUAGGCAUUUACCAUAGUUUGUCAUGGUUUGGCAUGUGUUUUUUUAAACACGCUUUACCAUACCUCUCUGUGUUUACGGUGGUUACACUGUGCUGUAUUACGCUUAGCCUUGCUUUUACUGUGGGAAACAUUUCUAAGGGCCUCGUGGUAACAGCUGAGGGACCUGGUCAUUCUAUUAAUCUCAGCAAGUUUUGUUCUUGUAUAUAUAUAUAUAUAUAUAUAUAUAUAUAUAUAUAUAUAUAUAUAUAUAAUAUAAAACUUGCUCAAUCCUACAUUUUGUGGUACAGUAGUGACUAAUGGAAAGGGAGUCCCAUGCAUGUGGUUUUAAAAACAGGUGUUUGAAGAACAGGCAAGUAAGAGUUUUUUUUUUUUUUUUUAUGAAUUCCCCUCCUUUUUGGUUGCACUUUAAAAUGUUUCACAUUUUAAAAGAACAGGUGCAGAGAUGUGUUGUUGUAAUUUAAAACAGGGCUAUAAUCCUUUGGAAGAAUCCAUUUCUUCAACACCAGUGUUUUGAAACAGUCCAUGCUUGCUUAUUUCCUCAUCAGAAUCUCUGAUAUAAAUUGUAAAUAUCUGGAGAACGAUCAGUGUUUCCCUUGUUUUUUUAAAGUUAUCAGGAGAAAACACUCUCUGAGUUAUUUUACCGAUAAAUGAGAUCUCUUGAGAGUUUAAAAAGAUUGUAUUUUUAACACUGUUUUAUAUACAUGUACUAAAAACACAAAGACUGUAGAAAUAGGUGGAACUGCAGCUCCAUGUUCUAGUUAGCUUCAAAACGUGAUUUAUUUUGAAUGUUUUUAUUUCUAUUUAAAAAGCCUAUAAACAAAUGAUCCUGUACGAAGAAUAUAUUGCUUGUAUAUUUAGCUUCUUUUUGUUUCUUGGGAAGGUGUAGCUGAUGAAUAAAACAGGACAUUGUUUAAAAAGAUUCCUGGCUCGUCGUUCUUGAGUGGCUUAUUAUUGGUCCUACAGCACUGUUUCAUCCCAUUGAACUGAAUGGAGAGACGAGGGCUGGAUGCGAAUCGCCAACCUCAGGGUUCGAAGUCAAGCAUCUCGCCAUUCAACUAAAC